AUGUCACAAGGUUAUAAUCAAUCAUCUGGUAAAAGAAAGUUUUUACAAGAUAAACCUAAACAGCAAGAGGAUGAUUAUAAUGAACAUUUGGUAGAAAUUGAUAAACUGGUUAAACAAGAACAAGAAAAAGAAUAUAGUGGUAGAUUGUUUAAUGGUGAUACAAAUGAUGAUAAAGAUAAUAUAGCAUUUAAUAAUAAUAAUAAUAAUAAUAAUAUAAAUAAUAAUAUAGAAAAUAAUGAUAAUAACUAUAGUAGAGAGCAUUCAAAUGGGAUGUUAAUUGUUAGAACCGAUCUACAGUUAGAUUUACCAUCAUCACAUAAAUCGACAAUAUACAGUAAAUCAUCGACAGCAUCCAAUAAAUACUCUACAUAUUCAGAUUCAUUAUCUUCAAAUAGUAGUGCAAGUAACUCAAUAAAUUUUAAUAAAUAUUUUAAUAAUGAUAAUGGUAGCACUAAUAGUAGUAAAAACAAUAGUAGAAAUUUAGAUUUAUCUAGUUUUUUUAAUAAUAAUAGUAACAGUAAUAAUAUAAAUUUAAAUUUUAAUAAUACUACCACUACCGCAACCACUGCAACUUCCAAUGUAUAUAAUAGUAACAAUAACAGUAAUAGUAAUAUUAUUAAUAAUAAUAAUAAUAAUAUAAUAAUAAAUAAUAACAAUAGUAUUGAUGAUGUAAUGAAAAUUGAUAAUUUAAUAAAUCAUGAAAAAAAUAAUAUAAAUAAUAUAAAAAAUACUAUAAAUACUUCACCAACUAUAAAUAACAAUAACAAUAACAAUAACAAUAAUAAUAAUAAUAAUAAUUUUACAAUGAAUAGACCACCAUCACCAAAUAAAAUACCACAAAAUCAACAAUCAGUUUUAAUUACACCAAUUUCACCAUUUAGUUUGUAUAAUUCAUAUAAAUUUGAUAAAAUAAAGAUUGCAUCAAAUACAACAUCCUCAUCGAAAUCAAUGACUCCAUCAAUAUUAAGAAACAAUUUUUUAGCUUCAAAUGGUGGAUCCACACAUUCAAUGAUGUCAUCAACAUUCUCUACAUCACAAUUAUCAAGUUGGGUUUGGGUAAAAAAUAAGCAUUCAAUUGUCAUUAUUGGUCCAACAAACAUUGGUAAAUCAUUUUUAAUCAAUACACUUUUACACUCCACAUUUAUACCAUCAUUAAACUCGAUUAGACCCAUAGUUGGUAAUCAUAGAUCACCAGAAUACCAUCAACAACAAUAUCAACAACAAACACAACAACCAAACCAUACAUUUAAUUUUCAAUACCCACAACAACAAAGUUUUUCACUACCUUCACACCAACAACAACCACAACAACAAGAGCAACCAUCACAAAAUAACACAUAUUUAUUAGAUAAAUUAAAAAACAAAUUAAUGGGUUUAAGUAGAAAUGAAAUCGAUCAAAAGAAUAUACUCGAUGAGAAUUUUUAUCAAUCUAUGAAUUGGAACAAAGAAAGGGAAAAUGAAUUCGAAAGAGUUUACAUAACAAGUCAAUAUUUAUUCACAAAACAACCAAAUGUUAACGAUAACCAUAUCUUUAUAUUGCCACAAGGUCGUUUGGGUCCAAAUCAACAAUUCAAAUUUACCUAUGGUGCCAUUUGCGAAUUAGUUGUCGACUUUUUACAAGAAAAUGAAGUACGUAUUGUUCUCUGGGAGUUACACCAAUAUUAUAGUGAUAAAACCAUUCCAAUUCAUCCAAAGCGUUUACAAUCAAUUCAAUGGGUCUACUCAAGUAUAGUUGAAGGUGCUUUCGUUGAAAAUGGUAAAGUUAAACUUGUUGAUGAUGAUAUUACCUCUUACUGGGAUAUUCCAUUAAAUGAAAAUUUCAAGGAAUUACUUGGUAAACGAAUUCAAUUCAAAGGUUUGGGAAGAGAUCAUAAUGUAGACCGUAUUUUCAUUCGUGAAAAAAUUAAAGAAGUAUUAAAGAUUUAUGGUUCGAUUAUAAAUGCACUCCAUAUCAAAUUGCCAUCAAGUGUUCUUUUCAAUAAACGUGAAAUUACAAUGAUUUCUGAUGAUACCAAGAGAGGAAAUGUUUCAAAAUUCACCAUCACUCGUAUUCUAGAUGAUGCUGAUCAAAUACUUUUGGCUAUCGAUUACAGAGGUCUUAGUGCCGAUUUAGCUGAUCUCUUAUUGGCCUCAAAAUUCACCCAAAGAUUCUCAAAUAAUGAUGGUUCAGUUCAAAUUAUUGAAUUGGGUGAAUCAACUCAAAACAAUAAAUCUUUAGGUAAUUUGGAUUUACAUUCAUUUUUAAUCAACCAAUUAAGAAAAUUAUUUAAAGAUGCCAGAAAUAUUACAAAUAUUCAUAAAAUUUUAGAUUCUUUUAAAAUUUUAAAAAUUAAACCACUAUUGUUUUCAUCAAUUCACUUAAAUAAAUCAGUACCAAGUGAAUAUAAAGCUAUGGGUUAUUUAACAAUUAAACAUUUAAAAGAGAUUACAAAUAUCCCAUCAUUAGUUAGAGCUAUGCAUCAAUCAACAACUUCAUCAUGGAGCACACAGCAUCGUUUAUUUGAUAAAUUUAAACAAGGAAUUGAAAAGAAACCACAUAUUUUAAAUAGUUUAAUAAGUGAACAACAACAACAACAAAAAUAUCAACAACAAGAAGAGCAACAACAUAAGCAAUUACCACAAACCAAUUUAUCAUUACCAAUAAAUGCAGUUUCAAAUAAAAUAGAUGAAAAUAAUAGUGAUAAUAUACCACAACCAAAUAAAAUGAAAAUUUCACCAUCACAAAUUAUACCCGCCUCAAAAACAACCACCACAACUACAACAUCAAUCUCAAAAUCAUCUUCCAACUCUUCAUUAUCCAAUAUUGAUGACCAACAAUUGUCAAAUUCAUUUAAAGAGACACUUAAAGUCGGCUCAAACUAUUCAUCAAGUUCAUCAAUCAACAGUAAUAGUUGGAGAACCAAUUAUUAUCGUGGAGUUAUGAAUAUGAAUAAUCCUCCAAGUGGUAUCGAUAGAAUAACAACAUCAUUUAGAACUAGAUUCGCCGGUUGGAAGAGAAAAUUGUUAGCCUAUGUUAGUUCAGAAGCAACAGAAUCACUUUUCCUUAAUAAGUCAUCAGAAUGUGAGCAAAAUGCUAAAUUAGAAUGGUCACAGUUCCAAGGUUUAUCACAAGAUUCCCUCAUCAGUAUUAACGAUCUUGUAAAUUUAGUUCACUCUACUUUUGGUAAUAAUAGCAACGCAAAACUAGACAAUCCAAAUAGUAAUAACCCAGUCAUCCUUUUAUGCAGAUCCAUUUUAAAUUGGACCCCAACUUUUUGGAAUGAAAAUAUCGUUGAACGUUUACCAGUUCUCGAAGAAGAAAUUAUUGGGUUCUCAAAAAACAUUUUAUUUGAAACCAAUAAACUCUUAUUAAAUAGAAUAACCCUACCAAACGAAGAAAAAAAUCAAUUAUUAAAGUUGCUCCAAUACUGUCAAGCUGCCACUGACCGUAAUAUCCGUUCCAAGAUUAAUGGUAUUCAAACAUUAUUCAACCAAAAUAUGAAUAUUCUCAUCUAUAAUAUUUGCUUAGAAACAUUUUGUACAGAAAUCUCAAACCUCUCAUUCCCACAACCACUUGUAAAUUAUUAUUCAGUCAUAGAAAAAUGCUUUAAUGUAGUUCCAUAUGCUGUUGCCACCAAAAUUCAACAAAAAUUAGUUGAAAUAUUACGUCAAGGUUUAUCCUAUUUAGACUCUGUCGAAAAACAUAUUGAAUAUACUAUUCAAUAUCUCUUAAACUCACCAUUCCGUUUAAAGAGACAACAACAAAUGAAACCCUCCGUUGAUGUUGGUGGUUCUGUAAUAGAAAACUAUAUUAGUAUUGCUAAACCAAAUAAUAGAUUGGCUAGUCCCGAUGAAAUGGAAGUAGAGACACCAAAUAAGAAAAUUAAAUCUGAAUCAUCUGUAAAUAAUAAUAACAAUAACAAUAAUAAUAUGAAUAUUAGUACCAAUAGCUCAUUAAAUAACUCAUUAAAUAACUCAUUAAAUAAUUGUGAAAUAACACCACAACCACAACAAUCACCCUUUAAUAAUAAUAAUAAUAAUAUAACUACUACAACCACAACAACCACCACAACAACAACUACUACAACCACUUCAACAAAUAACUCUGAUGAUAUGAUGAUAAUUUCACCAGCUUCAUCUAAUGAUGAUAAUAAUAAUAUAAAUAAUAAUAAUGUAAAUAAUUUAACAACCUCAACAACAAAUGUUUCCUCAAACAAUGAUAACCAAAAUAACUCAUGUAAUUAUUUUAUUCCAAAACAGUUAUUACCACCUCAAACCCCAGCAUCAUUAAUACAAUUAUGCAUUAGCAAGAUUGUGCAAAAUAUUCAUAAUUUAAGUAAUGUCAAAGGUACAACAAUGCCAGAAGAUAUUCUCCAAAAGAUUAUCACCUUACUUAUUACACAAGAACGUAUUAAAGGUGGUGGUAUAAUUACUACCCAAUUGGAUGAUAUUUUAUUAGCUCGUCUUCUUAGCCCAUUUAUGCAAAGUUUGGAUCUUGAGGGUUCAAAAUCAAUUACAUCCAACUCACUCAAAAUCGUUGGUUCCACAUGCAGUCAUUUAAAGAAACUAUCUUUAGCCAAUUGUAUAAACUUUUCAUCCGAAUCAUUGUCAUCAAUUAGUACUGGUUGUCGUAAUUUAGAAGUUAUAGUCCUUAAAAACUGUUAUCAGCUUACCAAUCCAGGUAUUGUUUCCUUAGCUCGUGGUUGCCCAAAUCUUUAUGUUGUUGACUUAUCAGGUUGCAUGAAGAUUACAGAUUCAGCAGUACAUGAACUCACCCAAAAUUGCAAAAAGCUUCACACAAUAGAUCUUAGAAGAUGCGUUAAUCUAACUGAUGCUGCAUUCCAAUCAUUCAAUAUUAGCAGUCUUGUAAAUAUCGAUUUGCUCGAAUGCGGCUACAUAACUGACCACAGUAUCUCUCAAAUUUGUUCAACUAGCCGUGGUUUAAAUAGUAUUAAAAUAUCUGGUAAAAGCAUUACCGAUGCAAGUUUAAAGAAAAUCUCUGAAAACUGUCUUGGCCUCACAACAAUCGAAUUGAUCCUUUGUGAAGGUAUUACCGACACAGGUGUACAAUUAUUAGGUAAAAACUGCAGCAAACUUUCUACUUUGAAUUUAACAUCAUCAAAAAACAUUACCUCCUCAAUUUUUGAUCAACAAGAACAACAACCCAUGGAAACAAUCAAGACUCAAUAUUGGUCAUCACUAACCUCAUUAAAUUUAAAUCGUUGUAUUGCUAUUAAUGAUCAAUCCAUUCUUACCAUCACCAAUCAAGCUUCAAAUCUCGAAACCAUUAGUUUAGCUUGGUGCACCGAUAUCUCUGAUGAAUCAUUAAUUACAAUUGCUCAACGUUGUAAACAAUUAAAAAAUAUUGAUCUUACCAAAUGCCAACAAAUCACCGAUCGUGGUGUUUUCGAAAUUGCUAAAAGAGCUGGUUCAAAUUUAAAUCGUCUUAUCCUUUAUAGCUGUACCCAAGUAACCGAUGCCUCUAUUAUUGAUGUUGCUAAUAACUGCCCAUCUCUUCUUCAUUUGGACUUAUCACAGUGCGAAAAAAUUACAGAUCAAAGUCUUUUGAAAGUUGCUCAAUGUCUUCGUCAACUAAGAAUACUUUGUAUGGAAGAAUGUGUUAUUACUGACGUUGGUGUUUCUCAACUUGGUGAAAUAUCCGAAGGCUAUGGUUGCCAAUAUCUCGAGGUAAUUAAGUUUGGUUAUUGUAGAUCUAUUUCUGAUACUGCACUAUUAAAACUUGCCACUGGAUGUCCAUUUGUUUCAAAUCUCGAUCUUUCAUAUUGCAGUAAUUUAAUUACUCCACGUGCUAUUCGUACCGCUAUUAAGGCAUGGACUCGUCUACAUACUCUUCGUUUACGUGGUUACCUCAGUCUUACAAAUGAUAGUAUCGUUGAUAACACACCACUCUCAAAACUUAAAACCGUUAAUCUCAGUUGGUGUAGCAAUAUGGAAGAUACUGCAUUAAUUCGUUUCAUCAAAAAUUGCACCUCUCUCGAAAAUUUAGAUAUAUCAAAAUGUCCAAAAAUUACUGAUUGUUCAUUAGAAGCAGUUCUAGAUAAUUGCCCACAAGUAAGAAUUAUAAACAUCUAUGGUUGCAAAGAUAUUAGUUCCUUCACUGUUCAAAAAUUAACAUCAUUGGGUAAAACAAUUUAUAAAUAA